AAAAAAAAAAAAAAAAAACAUCAACAAUGUCGUGCAAACACAGACGAGGAAUAACUUCAUUUUCAUGUAUAAUAAUAAUAAUAACAGUUUAUUUACACACGUUUCAAACGUGUCAUUCGGUGAGUUUAGGACCGGAGGCUGAUUUCACCGCGUACCGAGGCCGACAGUCAAACACGACCAGGCGGAGAGGCGUUCAACAAGACCGCGGUGUCCGGCUGGGAGAGCAGGUCACCCGGAGCCUGGACCACCCGCGUGCCGACGCACUGCAGCCGGGACCGGACUCUACAGUCGGAUAUCAAGCAGAUUUCACAGAUGGAGUCCAGGGCAAAGUUCUGGCCCCGUCGUUCGACUCCACUCCACAUUUCUCCGAGUGGCAGGCCAUGAGGCCCUUGGUGCAGUGCGAUGCUAAUGUCAUGACCUUCACCGCCUCUGGAGAAGGAUUCACACACCUGUUAGUGGACAGAGAGGGAGCCUCUCCCAUCUCUUUGUUCCAGUUACCUUCAUACUGUGGCUACUCGGUGAGGACGUCAUGGAGCGACCUUGAGAUGACCGUGCCUUAUGAUGCGUGUUACAUCACACAGGAGAACGGCAGCUAUGUGCUGCCCUUGUUGUGGUGGGGGAUCCCUCUGAAGCUCUCCUGCCCGGUGCAGAUGUCCACGCCUGCCCUCUCCUCGCCCCCCUCGGUCUUCUGCUCCCCCUACGGCAUGGCGGUGCAGAUGCACGGGCAGGAGCAGGAUGUCGCGAUGCUGGGAGUCAGAGUGAAUGGAGCCUGGGCUCCGCUGGUGUCUGAAGACUGUGCGCACAGAGUCCCCUCCAGUCCUGGACAGCUGAUGUUCUUCAUCUCCUACAGCGCUCUGUGUAUCACCAGUGGAGGCGGUCCUCAGAUUUCUCUCUACUUUAUAUUCGAUGAGCAGGAAUACAUCCUCUCCUGUCCAGUCCAUCCUCAGUUUCCCUACGUCCCCUCUCCUCCCAGUGAUCCCCAGUAUCCUGUUAGUCCUGCACCACCUUCUCCUCCUCAGCCCCCAACCCAGGAGCAGACUGCUCAGCUUCCUGAGUACCCGUACUACCCCCAUCCUGGAUUCCAGUACCCACAGCUUCUCCAGGUCUAUCCUCCUGGCCCACAACCUGCACGCCCCCCUCAACCAACUCCUGGCAGUCCUCCUGGGACCCAGCAACAGCAGCCCCAGCCCCAGCAGGAGCCCCAGCAGGAGCACCUCCAGCUACGGCUUCAGCAGAUGCACAAGCAGCGCCAUCUCCAGCAGCAGCAGCAGCAGCAGCAGCACCAUCCCCAGCAGCAGCAGCAGCAGCAGCAGCAG